ACGUGGUCCUUAAACAUCACUCUCUAACUUUAAUUUUCCUCUUCUUUUCUCACAAAAUUCCCACUUCAUAUCUUCAUCUUCAUCCUUUGUUCUUCUUCUUUUCUUCAAUUCCUCUUCCACUUUAGUUUUUACUAUGGAAACAGCUGGUCAUCAUAAUAUCUCUACUAGUGAGGAUGAUUAUAAGAAGAAGAAAGGCAGUUGUAAUAAUAAUAUUACAACAAAUAAUAACCAUAUUAAGAAAGGGUCAUUAAAUAAUGGAGGGUCAAGUACUAAUCAAAGGUGUUGUCAAGCUGAGAAGUGCAGUGCUGAUUUAAGUGAUGCUAAGCAGUACCAUAGGAGGCAUAAAGUCUGUGAAUACCAUGCAAAGGCUCAAGUCGUCGUCGUCGCCGGACUCCGGCAACGCUUCUGUCAACAAUGCAGCCGAUUUCAUGAGCUGACGGAAUUUGAUGAAUCAAAAAGAAGUUGCCGAAGGCGUUUGGCUGGACACAACGAAAGGCGAAGAAAGAUCAGCUCUUCAUCAUCUGCAGCAGAGUCUCAAAUUGCAGAAAGUUCAAGUAGAAAAGGGACAGUGCAACUCAAUAAUAAGGACAUUAACAUGAUGUGUGGUCAAGUAAAUGAAAAGGGAAGAAUUCAGAUUUCAAUCCAAGAAAAUUCCACUUUCAAAAAUUUCCACCCCCGUUGAAGAAAUGCCUGCAUAUUAAUUAAUUGCUCUCUCUCUUCUGUCAUUCUCUCCAAGUUCUAUUCCUGAAAUAAUCAUCACUCACACGGCCAUUAGUACUCCUGGCUUUAUCUGCACUAGAAACAGACUAUCAAUUAUUAUGAUGAUGUAUUAAAUAAGAAAAAGCCAAGAUCAUAUGCUUGUGGAGUAGUUGGGUAGCCGAGUACAUAAAACAUCUUGUAUUUAUGCAGGGAGUUGUUUACAUAUACCUCUUGAGCUACCAUCCCUGGCUUUAGAUUGA